AUGUGCUGCUUCAACCUCUUCUCAAAACACGACGAGAAGGAUGACUUACCACCACCAAGACCAACAAAUAUUGGUCGCAGAACACCAGAAGCCACAUCCAGACUCCAAGGAAGCAAGUUCUCCAGCGACGCCAGCAGAAGAUCAUCAACAGACAUUCACAAGUACGGUCACGGCUCUGGCAAUGGAUCAUUAGGUGUUGGAGGACCACAUGGCGGGCCACACGGUGGUAUAUACGGCGGAGUGAAUGGAGGCAUUUACUCUGGUGUCGGUGGAGGUCCAAACGGAGGAGUCAAUGGCGGUGUUUACGGCGGUGUUUCGGGGACCACGAGUGGUGGUGGACUUGCACCUGGUGGCAUGGGAACAUCGCCUGGUGGAGGAUACGGGUAUUUGUGA